AUGGGCAUCGCUCCCAGGCUUGCAAAAUCGUGGGCUGCGAUGAAGCUCGACUCCCGCAACCUCUCAUCGACCCGUGCCUCCAUCAUCCGCCUUCUCUUCCUCAGCAGUAUCUUCUGCUUUGCCGCCUACCUCAUAAUCUUCCUCCCAUUCUCGUACAUCUCCCAAGCAAUGUUUGUACGCCAUAGCCAAGCCGCAGCGGUCCUCGAACCUGGAGAAGACGCCGUCAAACACUUUGCUGGUAGUCGAGAGUGCGGGAUCUUGCAGGAGGAUCUGUACACGGUACCUUGGCCGUUGAACCCGAAAGUCAGUCCGUUCUGUGGGAAGAGGGCUGAGUUGCUGGAGGCCAUGAGCGGUGGUGGCCGGUAUGGAUUUGAUGAGCCGUACGUCGGCAAGGGUUGCACCUACAGGUGGUUUUCUACUCCUGAGAUUUGCAUGAUCCUGGAACGCUUCAAUGUGAUAGUUUUUGCUGGAGACGACGUUGCACAGUCCCUCUACGCAGCCUUCAACAUCCUACUGCGGGAAGACUUCAGUCUAGGCGGUCUUCAGGAAUGGAUCAUGAGCGAGGAGGAUCGGGCCAAGUGUCAAUGUGAUAACCAGUUUCUCAAUAAUGAGUGUCUGAAAUUUUCUGUCAAGAGUAUCGAAGAAGUCAAGAAGAACGAGGGUGGAGAACGAAGAGGAAGUCCAUAUUUCUGCAAGCGUGUUCCUCAUGCGUACAUACCCUUCGAAACAGUCCCGGUAUCGCCAGCUUCCCAAACGAGCUUCAAGGACCUCAUGUACGGAAAGCCGAACCCAUGGCAGCCGUCGCCCUUUAUAUUCUCCUUCAGCCGCGGCUCGUCUUUUGACUCCACUGCGACCACCAAAGCAUUAGAUGAAUGGUACACUCUUGCCACAGGAGCCGAGCGGAACAUUCCGAUGCUUUUCCUAAGCCCGCCAGCUUUUGGAAUUAAUAAAGCACCCAGUACAGUGCCAAAGGAAGGAAAUGUCGCCGUAUGGAACUAUCACACGGCGAUGACACCAGCUGCCAAAGAUAAGCAUUUUGAUGUUCUGAGUCUAUUCAACUUGACGUUGCAGGCGUCAUCGGUGGAUGGAGAGAAGUUUGGUGAGAGGGUGGCUUUGGUAGAGGCAAUGAUGGUUAUCAACUGGCUGAGUAAGCUGGAGACCUCUUGA